GACAAAGUCGUUGGUUUGCACAAGAUGACACAAGCGGAUCGCCGAGAUUUGGUCAGCCUGCCCCUUGAGUCGGCUUUCUUGCAGGAGCAGGACCAGCCCCGCCUGGUCCGGGUUCAGGAUCCUGAUCGCCAGGACAUGCAGUUCCCGGACAUCUGGCUGCGUGAUAAUUGUCGCUGCAAGGAGUGCUAUUUGCCACAGACUCUGAGUAGGUUGCCCCAACUCUGGAACAGCCUGGACACCAGUGUCCGGGUCCGUAGCCAGAGUGUGGAUGCGGAGCAGGAGAUCCUGUACAUAGAGUGGUCCGAUGGGCAUGCCUCCCAGUAUCCGUUCAGUUGGCUGAGGGAGCGGGACUUCUCAUCUGCAAAUCGCCGGCGUUACCUGCGCGACUUUUACCGCCCGGAGCAGAAGUUGUGGAGUGGUCGGGACUUUGAGGAAAUCCGUAAAGUUUUCUGCUACCAAGAGCUAAUCAGCUGUGACUCGGCGCUGCAGCAAUGGCUUCUCCACUUGGCGACCUUCGGAGUGGCACUGGUGAAGAACGCCCCCCUGGAAAUGGACGUCCUGCGGAGGCUAUCCAACCGAGUGGGCUUCAUGAGGCGCACCACCUAUGGGGAGGAGUUCAGUGUGCGGGCUCAACCAGGAGCCAGCAACUACGCCUAUCUGGCAGCCCCUCUUCCCCUCCACACAGACAUGCCCUACUUUGAGUACCUGCCCGGAGUGACCAUGUUGCACACCUUGGAACAGUCGGCCUCUCCGGGCGGGGUCAAUCUCCUGACCGAUGCCUUUUACGUGGCGGAGGUGAUGCGGGAGCGACAUCCGGAGCAGUUCCGGGUGCUCUGCCAGACUCCUGUGGAUUGGGCGGACAUCGGAAGCGAAGGCGAUCUGCAGUUUCACAAUAUCUGGAGGGCACCUGUGAUCAACUUGGACGCCGAGGGGCGGUGUGUGCGCAUCAACCACAGCAUUCCGCAGCGCGACAGCCACUUCAGCGUGCCCCUGGAGCAGGUGCGUCCGUGGUACGAGGCGAUGGCGACCUUCGUGGGCCUGGCCCACGAGCACUCGAGCGGAUUCAAGACCACGCCCGGCGACGUGCUCACGUUCGACAACCUGCGCCUGGUCCACGGACGAACCGGGUACGACGACACGGACCGCAAUGUGCGCCACAUCCUGGGCGCCUUCGUCGACUGGGACAUCGUGUACUCGCGGCUGCGGGUCCUGCGGAGAGCCUCCUCACCGGACGCCCCUUAGACUGCAGCCACAUGUGCUUUCAUGGCCACGUUAAUUAGCCAUCUAUCAUUGCCAGACACUUUGAUUGACACCGCAAAGUAGCCGUGGAGCUAUUCGAAUUAUUAACCUACUCUGUCGCAUUUUAUUCCUAAUUGGAAUUUAUCCUUUAUUGACAUUUUGAAUAAAUACUAUUUUAAUGGUUCUACGCCUUUGACACACUUUAA